CACAGCUCAAACUGGAGUGUUACACUUGAACAGCACAACUUUGCUCCUGGCCCAUUUUAAAACAGAACACAUCAGGAUGAAGAGGAUGAUUAUUUUCUGCAUGCUUUUCUUCUGCUCCACUAUGGUGCUGACUGAAACUUCACCCAGAAGAGCAAAGUACAGACAGAUUCUCAGGAAAAUUGAAGAGUUAGAAUCUAUGGUGAAAGAAAAGGAUGCUGAGUUGCUGUACACACCAGAAAACUUUGUGGAUGGAUGCGAGAAUACAACAGUGACCUGCUUCAAGAAGGGCAUCCUGAAAUUACAACCAGCAAGGAGCCAAGAUACUCCAAAGUUCACCAAAGCCAUCAGAAUCGUGAGCAGAUUCACCGCCAAAGACAAGCAAUGCAACGCUACACCUCCAUGUGAAUCUUAUGAGAAGAAAACCCCCAAAAAUUUUUUGAAGGGCUUUGAAAAUCUAAUACAAAUGCUAUUCAAGAACUAA